AUGAGCGUGACCAGCAUUGUUGAGGGAGUCGAGGAGGGGCUUAGGGAGCCACAAAACUCUCGCGAUGCGAGAGUCGAAGAGCUUUGGGCGAGCCUCGAGCCUGAUCAUACAGGUGAACUUGACCUUAAGGGUUUGAAGAAGGGGCUUAGGAGGAUUGAUCAUCCCAUGAAGAACGCCGACGAGAUGUUAAAACGCAUAAUGGAAGAGGUGGAUAAGAACAACGAUGGCAAGAUUCAAUACAACGAGUUCCGGAAAUUUGUCGAGAAUGCAGAGCGCCAGCUUUUUGCCCUUUUCAGAUCAAUUGAUAAAGACGGAAAUGGGAAGCUGGACAAGCUCGAGCUUCAAACAGCUUUCAAGAGCGCCGGACUCACACUAUCGAACCGCCGGCUCAGUGAGUUCUUUGACGAUAUGGAUUUCAACAACGAUGGUUAUGUCACUUUUGACGAAUGGCGAAACUUCCUCCUAUUUAUGCCCCCCCACGAUCACGAUUCUCAACUUCAUGCCGUCCUUGACUUUUACUACUCGGUGGUCAGCGUAACCCCUGAAGGAGACACGCUUGUGAGUGAGGAAACAUUAGAGGGUUUAGGUACGGACGGCUUCCGCUCUCUUUUCAUCACCCUUUUUGGCUCUCUUCUUCGAGUAGCUUUCCCCUUCGAGUACCCAAAACCCAUACAAGACCGCCGGACAUCGACUUCCGCCAGUAAACUCAACACCUCAAAUCCGAAUGAAUCCUCGAACACGACCGAAAACAUGGCUACCGCAGCCGCGGUUUCAUAUCCCGACUACGAUGACCCAGCUACCGAGAUAUCGCAGGAAGUCGAAUCGCUUACACAAGACCUGGACGAUGGCACCCAUGAACACACCACUGGAGCUUCAACAGCAGUGCACAAGAAGUUUAGACUAACACAAUUUGUACCUGAUCCAGGCUACUUUCUAGCAGGUGCCAUCGCCGGUGGAGUGUCGCGUACGGCUACUGCGCCUCUCGAUCGGUUGAAGGUCUAUCUGCUUGUCAACACUUCCAGUCGAGCCGAGACGGCGGGCGCGGCGCUUAUGCAGGGUCGUCCUAUCGCCGCUCUACAGAAUGCAGCAAAACCAUUUGGCGAUGCGGUCCGAGAUCUCGUUCGAUCAGGAGGUGUUCGGAGUCUCUUUGCAGGAAAUGGUCUCAAUGUCGUAAAAAUUAUGCCGGAAACAGCCAUAAAAUUUGGCUCAUAUGAAGCGGCCAAGCGAGCACUUGCCAAUUUUGAAGGACACGGAGAUCCAAAGCAGCUCAGCUCGUGGUCAAAAUUUGCCUCGGGCGGUCUUGCUGGCAUGAUUGCACAGGCUUCUGUUUACCCUUUAGACACCCUCAAAUUUCGCCUGCAAUGUGAGACCGUUAAAGAUGGUCUCAAGGGCGCUGCUCUCGUUCGCCAAACUGCCGUCAAGAUGUACGGAGACGGUGGCUUGCGUGCAUGCUACCGAGGUUUGACCAUGGGCCUGAUCGGAAUGUUUCCCUAUAGCGCCAUUGAUAUGGGCACCUUCGAAGUACUAAAAAAGUCUUAUAAGAAUUACUACGCCCGACGAGACAAUGUGCACGAGGACGACAUCGAAGUAGGAAACAUCGCUACAGGAAUAAUUGGCGCUUCAUCUGGAGCCUUUGGAGCUAGUGUGGUGUACCCCUUAAACGUGGUACGAACACGACUUCAGACCCAGGGCACAGCCAUGCAUCCGGCGACAUACACUGGUAUCUGGGACGUGACGAAAAAGACUAUUCAACGUGAGGGCUACCGAGGCUUGUACAAGGGCCUGACACCCAACCUUCUCAAGGUCGCACCCGCUUUGAGUAUCACUUGGAUGGUGUAUGAGAAUUCCAAGAGAAUCCUUGGAUUGAGCUAG